AUGAAACACAUGGCUCUAUCUAAAAAUGGGUCCAACCACAAGCAUCUUUUCUGUACUUUUCCCUUAAUUAAAUGGUAGGUACAAUACUCAUUUUAUAACUAAAGCAUAGCCACUGUCAUUUGAGGACACAAACCAAAAUACUAUCGCAUGUUUGGUUGAAGGGAGUCUGGUGAGGGGAGGAGAGACUUUCCAGGAGCCAUCCCCAAACAGAGAUUUAUGAUGGAAGGUGGUAGAUAUUCGGUUGAUUUGGGUAACCUCCAACGCAAUCGAAGAAACGAGAUUGGGAGGAAGAAAUCCCGCAAAGGUAAAGAACUUGCCGGGUCUUCAUCUCAAAGCCGAGAUGAUUUUGAAACGGGUUACCAAAGGCGAGAUGGAGAUGCGAUGUCCGAAGAACAACUUCAACAAGAAUUGGCCCGACAUAAUAACCGCUUUCUACAACAACAACAAAUGCCGACGACCAUUGACGAAGAGGAGCUUGAGGAUGAAGAUGCGGAGGAAUUGGAACUGGAGACGGCCGAGGAGGAGGGUGCCGACAGCCACGACGCCGACGCGCCUGCCUCAUCCCAAACCGCCACCGGUAAUAAAAAAAGUAAGUCUGAAACUUUUUGUCAUGUUUAUAAACCUACCGCAAACCAAUUUAUUCCAGAAGCUGUUAAUCUCGCCGAUGCUUUUAAAGAAUUUCAAAAUGCCGUUUUCGUUCAUUAUUUUUGUGAUCAUAUGAAGGAAAAGUUUUUAAAAUAUUAUGCGCAUAUUUCCCAUAUUUAUGGUAUUGCAUUUAUUCUCGAUCCUCGUUAUAGACUUGCUAAUUUGGAAGAUUGUUUCAACUUCUAUUAUCUUGCGUUUUUCGGUGAAUUUCCAAUGUAUGACGAUAAUCCCAUAGAUCCGAAAACGGAAUACAACGAGGUUAGUACUUUAUUUUAUGCCUUAUUUAAUGAAUUUCGUGCACAAUAUAGCAACGCUCCCCCUCCCCCGUCACGAACAUCUUCAUCUAAAGGAAAAUCGAUUUUUAAAUCUGCAUUUGGCAAUCUUAUGAAAAAAACUAAAACAACUCACGUCACUGAACAAAGCGCAUUAAAUGAGAUUACUUUGUAUUUAACAUAUGAAGUUGAUUUUGAAGAAAAUGAUGACUUUGACGUUCUAGACUGGUGGAAGUCAAAAGAAAGAACGUUCCCGAUUUUAGCACGGAUGGCUAAGCAAGUACUAUCAAUGCCGGUUUCAACAGUUGCUGUGGAACAAGAAUUUAGUUCGGCCGGCAACGUCCUAACGGCAUCUAGAUCGAGAUUGAGCGCGGAGUCUCUUGAGACGCUUAUAUGCUACCACGAUUGGUUGAAGGCCGCACGUAGAACUCAAGAAUUGAGCAUCACCCCCUCCCAAGAUUUUAUGGAUGACUCAACAACCGAUGGUGGCUCUACCUAUGCCGGAGAUUCCGAUUGAUUAGUAUUUUAGAAUUUAUUACAAAAUGUAUUUUAUAGCACUUGUCAAAUUUAUUUAUACUUGUACAUCAUAUUUCAAAAUUGUAAACUUGUACUUCAUAUUUCAAAAUUGUAAAUUUGUAGUUGUAGU